AUGUUUUCUGGAAUAAUUGGAGCAAUCACUGGUCUUAUUGCUUCUUCUAUAUCUGUACCAGCCUUGAACUAUAUUGGGAUGAUGGAUAUAUUAAAAAUCCAGGAUGAAAUGGAAUAAUAGAAAGUUAUUCUGAUUAUUUUAGGAUUUGAAGCUCUCGGUGGAGGUUUAUCUUUUCUUAUAUCUAGACUCAUAUCUAAUUGGCUAUUGGAAAUAAAAAACUACUCACCUCAAAUAAUUGCACAAGUAGUCAUUGGUGCUUUGGUAGGUGCUCUUGGAGCACUUUAUAGUAUAAUCUACAAGAUGUACUUUCCCCAAGAAGCUUACGAUAGUAUACUCAAUAUUUUGCUAAAUAAAACAUCUGAUAUCGAAUUUAUUCACUAGAUUGGUAAUUGUAAUGAUGGAAAGAAAAUCUGGGAUUAUUUUAUAAGAAAUGAAAUAGUAAUAAAAGGUAAAAUAGUAUCAAAGCAAGUUAAUCUCCAAAAGAUUAGGCUUGAAAUUUACAAUACUGAAGUUGAAAGAUACUUUAAAAAGAAAAAUAAUGUUUAUUAGAAUGUGAAAUUAAAUUCUAUGAUUUCAUUUUUAGUUGCCUUUGUAACUGGUUGUGCUCUUUCAUAUUUUGAUCAAAGAUAGCAGGAGGCUUAGGUAGAAAAAGCUAAAAAUUUCUAGGAAUCUGUUAUUAAUGACGAAAAAAUCGCUCCUGAGAUUAAGGAGGAAGUUUUUACAGUAAAUCAAGAACAAUAAUAUACAGAAUUUAAAGAUUAACUAUUGGAAAAAGCUGCAGAGGCCACUAAGAAAGCUGAAUGGUAUUAGGAACAAGGUAACUAUUUGAAAGAGGAAUUUAGAAGAGAGGUCUAUUUACUUGACGCUGAAAAAAGCUUUGAGAAAGCUGAGUAAUAUAGAAUUCUAGCAAAUAAAGCAGAGGAAACUUAGAGCAAUAUAAAUGACAUGCAAAAAGGACAAGAUUUAGCUGCAGUAAGACAAGCUCAAGUCGUGAUGGCAGUAGUACAAAAUAUUAGUUCUCAGUUAGAAACUAAAGAUUAAUAAAGUUUAAUUAAAAGAAAUUAGAAUGAACAAGAGAAAAAGGAUUAGGUUGAGGAGCAGGAAGAAUAAAAGGUAGAAAAUAUUAUAGAUGGAACCCUCAAUAAAAUUCAAAUUAAUAUUUAAUAAAACGAAAUUACUAAGGGAGAGGAAAUUAAAGAACCUUUGAAUAAGCUUAAAGAUGAUUGA